GGAGACCGAGGAGGGGUGAGGAGACAGGAGAGGAAGCCACUCACUACCAAGCUGCACCUAGCUGAAGAUAGUAGAUCAGAAGAUGGCAACGAGGGAUGCCCUGCUGACCACCAUGGUCCUGCUGCUCGCCGCCGUGUCCGUGGCAGCAGCAGCAAUGGCGCCCAUGGAUAUUGGCGAUGAUCUGUUGGUGGAUCUCCAGCUGCAGCAAGACCCGUGCCCGCAGGUGGAGGACAUGGUGCGCUCUGCCGUGCAGGCGGCGCUCCGCCGGAACAUCCAGCUGACGGCCGGCCUCCUGCGCAUCUUCUUCCACGACUGCUUCCCGCAGGGUUGCGACGCUUCGGUGCUUCUUGCCGGCGAGCGUGACGUUCCGCCCAACGGCGGGUCUCUGCAGCCGGAGGCGCUGCGGCUGAUCGAGGACAUCCGCAGGGAGGUGCACGCCAAGUGCGGCGGCCCCAAGGUGUCGUGCGCCGACAUCCUCGCGCUCGCCACCAGGGACGCCGUCGUCGCCGCCGGACUGCCCUUCUUCCCCAUCACCCGCGGCCGCAUGGACAGCCGCACGCCCGCUCCCGACGUGCUCCGCAACCUCCCGUCGCCCUCCGCCUCGGUGGACGAGCUCCUGGACAUGUUCCGGCGGCGCAGGGGCCUCGGCGACCCCGCCGACCUGGUGGCCCUCUCCGGCGGGCACACCGUCGGCAAGGCGAGCUGCGGCGUGAUCAGAGGGAACGACGACUUCUCCAGGGGCCUGGCGGCCAACUGCUCGGCCAGCCGGAGCCGGAAGCAGAGCCUGGACGUGAUCACGCCGGACGCCCUGGACAACAGGUACUUCGUGGCGCUGCGGAGCGGCAAGGGGGUGCUGCAGUCGGACCAGGGGCUGGCCGACCACCCCAGCACCCGGGACAUCGUAAGGGAUUACGCCAACGACCAGCAGCUCUUCUUCAGGCAGUUCCGCGCCUCCAUGAUGAAGCUCAGCCAGCUCAAGCCGCCGCCGGCGGGCAGCUUUGAGAUCCGACACGACUGCUCCAGGCCCAACAACAACGCCCGUAUCGACGCCGAUGCCGCCCUGCUUAGAGCCUCGGCAUGAAUAAUAUAAUUAAUUAUAAUUUCGUCCUAGCUUUAGCUUCUAAGUAGCUUGCAACAAUAUAAUAAUCUGUGCUAGCCGGAGCCGGAAGCUAGACGUCUUGCUGCUUCUUACUAGCUAGUUUGCUUCACCGUACUAGCUUACAGCUUGUAAUAACAUAAUGUCCAUGCGUUGCCACGGAUCAAUGAUGUCAAUCGAUAUCGCCAGUGCUUGGCUUGCUUUCA